CUGUGUAUUUCUCGGAAUUUGGUGAGCAUUGGGAUUUUGGAACUGUUAUUGCUCUCUUUCCCCUCGAGGCCUUUUUUGAGUUUAUCCAUCAGUGGCUUGAAGCUUUUCCUGCUCUGAGUGAUAAACUUUUCCGACAACAACAAAAAUAUAUUCCAAGAAAAUCAACAAUGGGCUUAGCGACAGUGGACAAAGUGAAAGAGGAAAUACUUCAGCUGUUGAAGGAUGGCGAUGUGACAACAAUCAUUCUUGAAGGGAAACAAGGAGUGGGAAAGACGAGGAUGGCAAGAGAGAUACUCAAUCAAACUGAGAGCAUCUACGACUUUCUAUGGGUAUCUCUAAAUAGAAAGUACAGUAAGCAAAUUUUACACAAGAAAAUUGCCCAAGCGCUGUCUCCUUCCCCUAAUGACGAGGACUGGGAAGAAGAUGCCGAGGAAGGGAAGCAAGAGAAGCAGAAAACUUUGAAACAGAGACUAACUAUAAGGCUUAAGGAAAAAGCUCCUGAAGGGAAGAAAUCGUUUCUAUUAAUUCUGGAUGAUGUUCCUCCUAAACAGGAUGAAGAAGACAUUAUGACAGAACUUAACACCCUGCAGUCUAAAUCUGAGCAAAUGUUUAAGGUUCUUAUAACUAGGCGAGAGAAUGAUGAUGAGCUUACUGGUACGGACUUGAAGAAAAAGAGCUAUAAGGUGUGCCAACUAAAGCCUCUGGAAGGGAAAGACUCCUUGAUUUUAUUCAAAGAAAAUAUCAAUCAUGCUCCGGGGAUGGUCAUUUCUGAUUCAGAUCUUACACAAGCUGUUAUGCACAUCAGCUCAGGUAUCCCUGCAGCUAUCAUCACCAUAGCAGAAGCCUUAAACUCUAUUAGACAAGAUCACUCUGAGAUAUGUAUUCUAAGUGUUUUGAAAGAAGCAGCUUGUGAUCAGGAAUCAGCUUACCGCUUGACUCAUCGUGUAUUGAACUAUUGGUGUAAUAUGUUGCCUGACAGCAUAAUGGUUAACUGCUUUCGGCAUAGCAUGCAAUUUUUCUGCAGACAUGGUGGGGUGCAUUACAAUGAGUUGAUCAGCCAUUGGAUUCUAGAAGGAUGUCUUGGAAAUGUUGAUCAAAUUCAAAAAGCGUAUGAGCAAGGACACAAUGUUUUGAUGGAGCUUAUAGGUCGUAAAAUGCUUACAAAGCAGGAGAUUGAUGUAGUUGUUAUGGAGGGAUCAGUUUUGUGCUCAAGUGGUUGCUGCCAAUCAUGUUGUAAUCAGAAUACAAGCCUUGGACUGGCUAAUGUGUUUGAAGAUGAAAAGUGGCAAGGAUUUGGGAGGAUCACACGGACAGUUGGUACGAUCAAAUCACUAAGCAGCUGGGAAGAGGUCUCCACUAUAUUGAUGGAUGGAAGUCAUUUGUAUAGCGAAGACACCAAAACAUUAUUUCAGUCCAUGCAGGGACUUGAAGUAUUUUCUGUAUUUAAUCCCUGGUUCAGAAAUUUGUCCUGGUUUGACUCCAGCACGAGCAAACUUCUUAUGCUUGUGCUCAGAGGUUGUCAUUCAUUGGAGAAUAUUGAUGACAUUGAUAAACUUAGAAGCUUAUGUGUUCUUGAGAUAUCUAGUGGUUCCUUGACAAGCAUCCAUGAUGAUGUAUUUAGCAACAUGGAUAACCUCCGGAGUAUUAACCUCUCCUUCACAAAUAUCAAAUCACUGCCUAAAUCUCUUUUCAAGCGAGGAGAACUGCGUUAUCUCAUCCUUAGAAGGUGUUCUCAAUUGGAAAAAUUGCAAAGCCUUGAAGCAUUAAAAAACCUUGAGGUAAUUGAUCUUUCUGGUGCCACUUCUUUGACGGAAAUCGAAGGCAAUAACUUCUCAUCAUUGAAAAAACUUAACAUGCUUAAUCUUUCCGAAUCCAAAAUUAAUUGCUUACCUUCUCUUCCCAAUGUCGGUGAUCUUACUCAGCUCCUAUUAAGUGGUUGUUCAUACUUGACAACACUUUCUAAUCUGGAAACACUGUCUAGGCUUCAAGUUCUUGAUCUUUCUGGUGCUAGAAGAUUAGAGAAACUUGAAAAGUCGUCGUUAGAAAAUAUGAAAGAGUUAAAGAUACUUAAUUUAUCUGGAACUGCUAUUCGGCAACUCCCAAGCACAAGAAGAAUGGAAAACCUCGAAGUAUUAGAUCUGUCUGGUGCCAUUGAUUUGGUUGAAAUUGAAGAUCAAUCCCUUAAUCAUCUAAGGUUCCUUCGAAUUCUCAACAUCUCAAAAAGCAAACUUAAAGAGUUGCCACAGGUAAAUGCUCUCGAGGAACUUGAGGUGCUUAAUCUCUCAGGUUGCAGCUCCUUGAAAGUAAUAAAAGAUGAAUCAUUUGAGAAAUUGUCUCGCCUUCAGAUACUUGAUCUUUCAGAGACUCAAGUAAAAUUUCUUCCAACCCUUUGCAAACCCUGCAACCUCAGUCGCCUCUCACUUAGAAGUUGCACAAACUUGACAAUGCUUACAUCUCAUUUCUUGGAGGGUAUGACUCGCCUUGAAAUUCUUGAUUUAUCUGGAACCCAACUUGAAGAAUUACCAUCCAUGUCGCAAUUCAGUCAGCUUAGGCAGCUUAAACUAAGAGAAUGUUCACCCUUAAAGGAUGUUCAAUCUCUGGAUUCUCUGAAACAGCUUGAGAUUCUUGAUAUCUCUGGAACAGCAGUUGGGUGUUUGCCAUCCUUGGAAACUUGUAGCAAGCUCCAACAACUGUUGCUGAAGGAUUGUUCACAAAUAGAAGGUCUCCUGGGUCUUGGAUCAUUAAGUCAUCUAGAGGUUCUUAAUUUAUCAGGAACUAAUAUAAAAGGGUUCCCCUAUGAGAUCGCUGAGUUGUGCUGUUUAAAACAUGUAGAUCUGCCAGACUUAAAGGAUGUGGAUGAAAUUGAUUGGGGAAGAAUAAAACAUCUGCCAGAGGAGGUAAACUGGGAUGGGUGUGGCAUCAUGAAGCCUGACAAAAUUUCUAGGGAGAGCAACAUCAUUUCCAUGUCUCUGAGUGGAACCAGCUUUUUCAACUUUUUGGAGAAAAACCCAAUGUUAUUGGAAAUGGUUACUAAGAAAUUUCAUCUCUCUGUUGGUACUCCCAAGAAGCAAAGUAAAGAUGGAAAUAUCAAUUCCUUCGAAGGUGAAACUUUCUUCAAAGACGUCUAUUUCCAUAUGAGACAUAUCCCUAAAGAUGCAGACCAGUUUCUGGAGAUCUGCGGAUCAUAUUCUUUGCCUGAUGGUUUCGAAAUCAUCCUCAAGCAUACUCAAUAUUUGUCUUUGAUUGAUAAUAACCUUAUAAAAUGCUUAUCAGAACUUGGUGAUGCUAAUGUGCGGUCAAUGAUAGGUUGUUGGAUAGAAAAAUGCUCCCAAAUGGAAAGCAUUUUUUCUGGAAAAGAGGAAGGCAGCAGAAUGUGGAAAAAUUUGGAGAUACUGUGGAUCUCAAAUGUUCCAAGCUUGAACCGUCUAUACAGUGGGAGUCAGCAAACUAUGGGCUUUGAGAACCUAAAGCACUUAUAUAUUAACUGUUGUCCAGAGAUAGAACAUGUUUUUUACACUUCCCAGCUGCCAGAAAAUCUUGAAACUAUUCAUGUUAAGUUUUGUGACAAGUUGAAAACUUUGUUUGAAUGGAAAACAGAAGCAGGGUCAUGUGAACUGCAGAAGCCACUAAAGGUGUGGCUAUUCGAACUGCCUGAGUUUACGAGCCUUGGGAUGCAGUUUCACCCGCUUCAACAACUGAUUGUUCGCCAUGAGAAUUGUCCUAAGUUCAAGCUGGAAUCAUCCACUUCCGCCAAUGGUGAUCUGAGUUAAGCUUUUAUCAUGUAAUAAUUAGUUAUUGAAUAAAAAUCCUUUUCCACAUGUGAAUUUCACUAUUCUUAAAGAACAGAGCUGCUUUAGCUUUUCAUCCUUGUAAUUGGGAGAUGUUUUUCUCGUCAGUCAUCAACCCAAAUGUACGAGGUUGAUAAACGACAUGCCACAAAGCAUAGGUCUCUUUUGUCUGCCAUUGUGCAACACUGCAUCUGAUUCAUCCUUGUACUAAAAUACGUCUGGACAUACAAGUACAACAACACCAUGCAAACGAAACAACAGAUUUUUUUACUAAAAUCACAUCACCAUUGUAACUGGUAAGGUUGUAUUUAAUAUGGUAAAUCUAGGAAGACAUUGAUGUGUAUUUUUGGUAAAAAUAUGUGAUCAAAGAUUUCACUUUUAACUCUUGUCCCAUCGGCAAAGUGUAUAGUCGAAUUGAACAUUUUAAAUGGAGUAGGUGAACGAUUUCUUUUCUGAAACUAAA